AUGGAGAAUUGUAUGAUUCGUACAGAUUGUUUUCUUCUUAUUGUGUUCUUCAUCUUGUCCUUUUCGUUUGUGUCCGUAACAUGCGGCGAAGCUCAUCAGAAGGGUACUGACGUAGAUGGAGUUUCAUCAGUGUAUGAAGACGUUCGUAUAGGAUUGGUGGUGGACAUGGGUUCCAUGGAAGGAAGGUUUGUGAGAAGUUCGAUAUCCAUGGCGCUUUCUGAUUUCUAUCAUGUCAACAAAGGCUAUAGAACAAGAGUCUCUGUCUUAUUCAGAGACUCACAUGGUGACCCUCUCCAUGCUCUAGCCGCAGCCAUGGAUCUUCUACAAACUAAACAAGUGGAAACACUUGUUGGUGGGCAAUCGUUGCUUGAAGCAAAAGUUUUGGCAGAACUUGGAGAGAAAGCUAAAGUACCAGUGAUAUCUUUCCAAGUGCCUAGUUCCUCGACCUUGAGCAAGUAUAGUUACUUCAUUCAAGCUACUCAUGAUACUUACUCCGAGGCAAAGGGCAUUGCAGCAUUAUUCCAAAGGUUAGAUUGGACAGCUGUUGUUCUUAUCUAUGAGGAUGAUGAUGACUGGAGAGAGAGUAUACAACCUUUGGUCGGACAUUUCCAACAAAACGCCAUUCAUAUUGAGUACAAGGCUGAAAUGUCUGUCUCAUGUAAUGAAGAAUGUAUCAUGAAGCAACUAAGAAAGAUCAAGGCCUUGGGGAUUAGGAUUUGUGUUGCGCACGUUUCUAAACGUAUAGCAAAUCUUCUGUUCCAAUGUGCUCGGAGGUUAGGAAUGAUGGAGGAUGGGCAUGCAUGGAUCCUCACAGUGAGAAGCAUGGAUAAUUUUCAAGACACAAACUAUAUAGCAAGGGAGGCAAUGGAAGGUGUGAUUGGUUUCAAGUCUUAUAUUCCAUUAACUGAGGAGCUUCAGAAUUUUACUUUGAGAUGGAAGAGAUCUUUGCUACCCGAAAAUGUUACGAGGAUGAGCAUUUCUAGCGUAUGGGCUCACGAUAUAGCUUGGAGUCUUGCAAGAGCCGCGGAAGUCGCAAGGCUAUCAAGGUUGCAUGUCAAUAAUAUGAUUGAGGGAAUUUUAGAAAGUAUUACUAAGCAUAAAGGGUUGAGUGGUGACAUCAAAAUAAUGGAUAGAAAAAUAAUCUCUAACAAAUUUGAGAUUAUAAAUAUGAUAGGAAGAGGUGAGAGAAGUGUAGGAUUAUGGAGUUCUGGUAGUUUCAUAAGUAACAACAGAAGAAGAAAUGCGACUCUUACCGAUGUUCUUGGGACAAUAAUCUGGCCUGGAGGGUCUACAACAACUCCGAAAACCCGCUUGUUGAAAGAGGAGGGCCAUAGUAAAAAGAAGAAGCUGAGAGUUUUGGUACCAUCAGGAAACUUAGUUCCACCAAUAUUGGAAGUGAAGACAGAUUUAAAAACUGGUGUCACAGCUGCUAGAGGCUACUCUAUAGAAGUUUUCGAGACAUCAAUCCGACCUUUCAAUUAUGAAGUGGAGUACAUACCUUGGCAUGCAGUUAACCACCAAGACUACAAUGAACUAGUGUACGCAAUCUAUGACCAGAAAGACAAGUACGAUGCAGCUGUUGGAGAUAUCACAAUUACUGAUAACAGAUCCACCUAUGUAGAUUUUACAUUACCAUUCACUGAUAUUGGUCUCGCAGUUGUGGCUGCCAAAGAAAAAAGCAUGUGGAUUAUUUUUAAGCCUUUGACACUUAGUCUGUGGUUAACAAUUGUAGCUUUCUUUGUCUUGACUGGAGCUUUAGUUUGGUUGAUAGAGCGGCAUGAUAACACAGACUUCCAAGGCUCUUGUUUCCACCAAAUUGGAACAUUGCUAAGUUUCGGGUUCUCGACCCUUGUCUUUGCCCAUCGGGAGAGGCUAGAACAUAGUCUGUCAAGAUUUGUGGUUAUUGUUUGGGUAUUUGCAGUGCUUAUAUUAACCUCGAAUUACACUGCAAAGUUAACAUCAGUGAUGACGGUUCAACAAAUUCGAUUGAAAUCUCAAGAAAACAUUGGCUUCUUUUCAGACUCUAUUGCAGCAAACGUGGUUUAUGAUAAUCCUACGUUUCAUGGUCCGACAUACAAAGGGUUAGAGACAGCUGACGAUUAUACAAACGCGUUAAAGAAUGGGACUCUCUUGUUCAUCGUCCAUGAAGUUCCAUACGUAAAGGUGUUCGUUGCUAGAUACCCUUCAGAAUUCUACAUUGUCAAAACCGAAAGCGUCACUAACGGCUUUGGAUUUGUUUUUCAAAAAGGUUCCCCUUUGGUUCAAAACGUGUCGAGAGAAAUCGCAAUGCUAAGGAGAACAGAGAAGCUAAAAGCCAUGGAGAACUGGUGGUUUCAUAGACAAACAAUGUUAGCCACAGGCGAUGAGACAUCCGAUCCUCUCACGGUUUACACAUUUCGAGGUUUGUUUAUGAUCACAGGAGUUUCUUUCGCAUUUGCUCUCUCUGUCUAUCUAAUCCCCUGGAACCGAGACCAAAGGCAAGUCGUGGCUAAACAUUUCCACCGUUAUGUAAAAAAUCGAUUUGAAAACACAAUUCGUCCUUCACCCACCACACCGGCCUAGG